AUGCUAAUCGCUCAUAAAUAUGUUGAGCUAGACCAAGCUCGAAGUACUCUGACAAAGCAACAUGAACACACCAAACAAGAUAGCUCCAGAUACCGAGGGAAGAAUGAAGAAGACAGACUGCGGACUAAGAGAUAUGGCGCAGGUCAUAGACCUUAUGAUUUUACCCCAUUGAAUAAAGCACCAGUCUAUAUACUUAGCUGGAUGAAGCAAAAUCGAGUGAUGUUCAACACACCCAGGAAGAUGGAUCCCGAUAUCCAGAGAGACAAAAGUAGAUACUGUCGCUUCCAUGAAGGCUAUGGUCAUGACACGGACAGAUGCUGGGAUUUGAAAAGAGAAAUAGAGCAGCUGAUCCAAUCCGGACUUUUGAAGAAGUUUGUCAAUGAUAGACCAGGAGAGAAAAGGAAGGGGGAGCCCAUAGAGAAGGAAGAUCAAAAUAAAAAACAAAAAGAAGUAGCAGGCGUAGUGCACGUAAUAGAAGGAGGAGAGCCCUACAACAACACUCAGAAAAAGAAAAGAAAUAGAAGAGGAUCAACCACCAUGUUUGCAAUCGAAAGAUAUAUAAUCCCGGAGGUGUCAUUUGGACCAGACGAUGGACAACACGUCAAGGGACCGCACGAUGACGCACUGGUGCUAGAGGCAGUGAUUAGGAAUCACCAUGUGAAACGAAUACUGGUAGAUGAAGGCAGUUUCGUGAACCUAUUCACUCUAGAAGCAUUCAAAGAAAUGAAAGGCUCAGCAACGGACCUGUGGAGGUCCUCGGUCCCACUCGUAGGACUCAGACGAACGCCAAUACGACCAGAAGGAACUGUGAGUUUAUACUUAGAGCUGGGAGACAAGAAUGAAGGGCCAGUUAAGAAGAUGCAUGCUCAGUUCAAAGUAGUGGACCUUCCUCUAGCGUACAACAGCAUUUUAGGCAGACCAUUUUUGUACCAGUCCGGAGCAGUAACCAGUAUCAGACUACUGACCCUGAAAAUGCCAACAUCAGAAGGAACAAUAGUCGUUAGAGGAAACCAGGAAAUGGCUAAAGAAUGUUGCAUGAUGACGACAAAAGAAGAUGAAAGUUUAACAAUUGAGGCAUUCCCUGGGAAUGUAGUAGAGGAGGAAGAGUCAUAG